AUGUCUACUGGCCCCGCCCAACCUGCUCCUCAACAACAACAGCAACAACGAGCUCGAAAACCACCAUUCGCUGACUGGCCGACGAUAAAGAUCCUGACUCCACCACAAGGACGCUUCUCUCCCAAGAUAGACGAGUGGUGUCUGACUUACUGUUCGCAGACAGUCAGCGGCAGAAUUCACUCCAAAGAGCCAAACUGCCAUUCGCUCUGUAUCCGCAAGGUCUUUCCGCACGAAGUCCGCAACGUCAUUUCAUACAAGAAGCAUCGAAACGUGGACACAGAGGGCAAGGCCAAGUACCCUUUACCUGCGGAAGGACAAUCCACGAAUCUCCCGCGUUAUCUGGGUGGAAAUGCUGCGGACGAUGCGGAGGGUCGGCCGAAGGUGGUGCCGGGAGAAACUAAAUACUGGGAUGAAGGGUGGUAUCUCUGGACGAGCAACAGUCGAUCUGCUGCCCUCCAGAAAACAAACACGAUGAUGCUGGAUUUGGAGCGACAACAGCAGCUCGUUGCUCAGCAGGAGCAGAGGCGAGAAGUCUGGCAGGACUACCAGGAGCAUUUGAAACAGGCGGGAAGCGAAGGUGGAGAGCAAAACCAAUCCAAUGGCGGGAAGUGGUGGGGUCCAAUAGUUCCUCCGAAGGCGGUACCGGAUACUAGCUUGCAGUCCCUUUUAAUCCCAUUGCCGCCAGACUUCCCCCCGUUUUGGGAUAGAAUUAACAAACUGCUCGCUCCUUCCCACCAAGCGUUGGGUAUCCUUCGUGACAGUAUUACAUCCGGCGAACAAAAGGAAUUUGCGCAACGAAUCUGGGACAAGGCAUGGACGGACGAGCCAUUGCUUUUAGCUACCCGAACAUUCAGUCGCGCUUACGAACGAUGGAAAGAGAGGGAUACGGCAGACGAGGACGAUGACAAGAAGGACUCGCACUAG